GGCUAGGUACAAUACCCAGCAUGUAUGUUGCUCUCCACGACAUAUAUUGUACAUUCAUUCCUUUACUUACCACUUCAAUUUGCAAUCUAAUUGGCACGAAGGAUGAAGCCAUGAAAUGACCUGGUAUGUUCGAGGCCCCGACAAAUGCUCAGGCUCUGCCAGUGAUGAAUGCUGCGAUCGUAUGGAUCCUGCGAUUUGUCCUCCCACCCGUCACCCGCAGCCUCCUGUGUGUCGCCCGCUGAUAGUGCGAAGGUGCCUAUAGCAGAGCUUGCUAUGCGGUGGUGACCCUUGUUGACAGCCGGCCAAUGGCUCAUUUACGCCGGUUAGUGCAUACUUUCCACUCGUCGAUGUGCCUUCAUUCGUACCUGUCUACGUGCCAUUUGUGCUGGCCGACGCACUGCUGUUCGUACCUGCUGACGCGGACUCAUUCGUCUCUGGCAGACUCUCUGCUGACACAGUGUUUGUGUUGGUCGACGCACCACCAUUUACACCCGCUGACAUGUCCCCAUCCGGACCCACUGACACGCCGUUUGUGCCGGUCGACGCACUGCCGUUCGUACCCGCUGAUGCGCCGCUUGCAUUGGUCGACGCACCGCCGUUUGCGGUAUUGUACUCGCUGACGCGCCCCAAUACAUACCCGCUGACGCACUGUUUGUACUGAUCAGCACGCCAUUCGGCACACUCGUCGACGCGCCGUCCAACAUACUCGUCAACGUGCCGUCCAGGACGUACUCGUGAUUCGGCGGGUGGCCAGGAAAGGACGCGCCGACCGAGUGACGAGGUUCAGUUGGUUGAGUUCACUUCUGAACGUGUCUCGGGAUCUCCACCGUGGUCUUCCGUGCGGAGACGGUCAUGAAAGCAGGAUCGUGGAGGUAUGGUAGCACACACAAGUAAGGUGGGCCCGAUGUGCUCGGGCUAUUCCUGGCCAAUCACAACGCGUUUAACGGUCCUACUUAG